CUGGAAUGCCAGCGCGAGGUCAAAAUAACAAUGGCGCUGACAAAGUUGGACGUAAUGGACAAACGAACUCUCACAUUCCACGAGGAGCAGUACGGUCAACGCCCCGAGCGGGAUUUCCUUCUCACCUCGGAAGGAGAGUGUGAGUCCACGGCAUCGAGCCGUUCCAUGGAGUGGGUAAGAGAGAUGGUUGAGGAAUGUACGUCGGGCCAUGACAAAUGCAACAACGCGCCCACGCCAUGGCUACCGACCAGACUCGUCCAUGUGGGCGGGCCAAGUCAAAUCCCGCGCCUUGUCGAGACGUCAAUGUUGUCGCUGGGUCCGGAUAGCGCGCCGACGAUCAAGUAUACGACCCUCAGCCACUGCUGGGGGAACGUUGACACACUCAGGCUGACGAGGGAAAGUCGAAGCGACUUCUACGAAGGAAUACAACCAAGCACGAUCCCGAAGACAUACGCGGAAGCCAUGGAGGUUACCAAGGGCCUAGGUUUGGAGUAUAUCUGGAUCGAUUCAUUAUGCAUCGUCCAGGGUGAUUCUGAUGACUGGGAACACGAAUGUGCUCAAAUGGCCGAGGUGUACCGACAUGGAUAUUGUAACAUUGCGGCCCUCGAGGCCACUGAUAGCUAUGGCGGCUGCUUUCGCCAACGAGACCCGGCGCAUAUCUCUCCGGUCAUCGUGGAAAGCAGAUGGGACGGCCAAGAUCGCCGUCUCUGGGCACGCGAUCCCUUUCCAGAUCGCUACGCUAUCCGUCACGAAAUCGACAAUUCACCGGUUCAUCGCCGCGCUUGGGUUCUCCAGGAGCGCCAUAUGGCGCCACGGAUUCUCCAUUUUGGCAAGAAGGCGAUAUUUUGGGAAUGCAGAACAGAGAUGGGAUGUGAAGUAGGGGAUAUCUUCAACACUCCUUCCUUAGUCGGCUACAGCGCCCGAAAUUCCAGGACACUCUCUGAAAACGAAGUUCGCCACAUUAUAUGGCUAUGGACGGAUAUCGUCACCCGCUACACGCAGGCGGAACUCACCUUCCACAGCGACAGGUUCUUUGCUAUCUCGGCCGUAGCCCGCGAGAUGCAACGGAUACUAAGCUCUGGGACAAGCUCCAAGGUCGAGUAUCUCGCAGGGCUAUGGACGGUCUUUCUCGAAUAUCAACUCGUGUGGACUUCGGCAUCCCCUGACACAGCAACACGGAUCUCGGAGAGUGACCAGUUGAUGGCACCGUCAUGGUCAUGGGCGUCGCUCAACGGGCCUGUCGGCGCGUAUGUUCUUCCAUGGACCUACAACACCAAGCGGGCGAUAGCCCAGGUCACUCAUCAUACCAUUGUACCGAGAUCCGGGGACCCGUUUUUUGGGCCUGCAACAGAACCUAAAAGCGUCCUUGAAAUCAGCGCCCUCUGUUGGAGACUGUCGGAUCCAAGGCGCAAUGAACAAAUCUCCAGCCCUUCCGACAGCCCAAUAACGAUUAGGCUUUGCUGGGAUGUGACGCCGCCCUCGCUACACACCGUAGCGGCCACCUUCCUACUACCGGUUCUCGUUGAUCAAGCACCAGAGCCACACUCUUUGAGUAUUCUUCUCACUGGGCUGAUCCUCCACAAGGUCGACAAUGUAACCGACGGUUCGUUUCGGAGGGUUGGUAAAUUCGAUAUUGCGAUCCCGGGUGCCUCUCAAGACCUUCGCGGCAAAGGAUCGAAAGCGAGGCUUGACAGAUGCAUCGAGCUGUCCUUGGAGCAUAACAGAAUCUGGCCGAGCCAAUACAACGACCAGCCCCCACCGUCAACCCCCGCUGAGGAAAUCUGGGCCAACGCAAUAACGUAUCAAGGGAUAUCCCUCGAAUAGCCCAGGUGGUAGUCUGUUCUGUGGAGCGCCUUACCCAAACAACCACGCCCAAAAACGGGACAGUGUGAUGUGUCAGGAUAUUGUGAGGGGCACAGCUCAAUGUUCUGACUGAUGUUGAUCCUCAGGGUCCCUGCAUUUACUAUGUACAUAUUGUUUAUGGUUAUGAAUGGACAUGAGGGAUACGCCGAAGGGUACUACCAUCGCAAAGGGGCCACGCCUCCCCAGCUUGCAAACUCAA